AUGUUUGAGGAUGCCCACGAAUCCAUCAAUCAGCCAGGACAACAAAAUGUGUUACAAGUACCACAGAAAACAUGUGUCAAAAGGAAAUUCGUUGAAAAGAAUGAGUUAUUCGCCGUGUACUACCUUUGUGCUUUCCAUGUUCUACUUCACCUUGACCCUGGGAAUGAAAUCGACUUUUUGAAAAACGUUGGGACGCCUCUACCAGAAGUCGCCGAACCCUCUCCGGCAGCCUGCGGCUCAUCCGACUGUGUGCUGGUUUCUUGGGAUGAAUAUCGCGUCAGCCUUGUGAACUUUCUGGACAACGGUCCUGUAUGA